AGCUCCAUGAGGUAGGCGGAAGUGGGCGUGGUCUCCGCGGUAACCCGGAAGCGGACGGCGGCAGGGAUCAUGGCGUGGAGAGGAUGUGUAGUCAGAUGGGUUAAAGAGGAUUUUAUCAGUCAGACGAGUCGGAGAAACGGGUUUAUGCUCCUGUACCAGCAGAGAUGCGGCUUUCGGAAAGUGGCGAAGAGGGUGGAGCCAAAGAUGGAGGCGGAGCAAGCAGAGUUGAUACAGAAAAAAGGCGGGACUCCGGUGAUAGAGCCGCCCACUCCAUCGCAACCUGAGAGAUCACUGCGCAGACUGGUCAAGCCUCUGGUGUUCACUAUAGGGUUUACAGGCUGCUCGUUCGGCACGGCAGCAAUCUGGCAGUACGAGAGUCUGAAAUCUCGCGUUCAGAGCUACUUUGAUGAGGUGCGAGCUGAUUGGCUGGACAAACUGCGACCACAGAAACAAGGAGACCUACGCAAACAGAUCAAUCAGUGGUGGAACAGUCUGAGUGAAGGACAGAGGAGUGUAACAGGCAUCAUAGCUGCUAAUGCGCUGGUGUUUUGCUGUUGGAGAAUUCCGUCUCUGCAGAGAUCCAUGGUGAGGUACUUCACCUCUAACCCCACCUCCAGUGCACUGUGUUGGCCCAUGCUGCUGUCCACUUUCAGUCACUACUCAUUCUUCCACAUGGCGGCCAACAUGUAUGUGUUGUGGAGUUUCUCCUCCAGCGCAGUGAGCAUGAUGGGAAAGGAGCAGUUCAUUGCUGUCUAUCUGUCCGCAGGUGUGAUCUCCUCGUUUGCUAGCUACGUGUGUAAAACGCUAACAGGGAGACUGGGGCCUUCGUUAGGGGCGUCUGGUGCUAUUAUGACCGUGCUCGCUGCCGUCUGCACGAAGAUCCCUGAAGCUAAACUGGCCAUCGUCUUCCUCCCUAUGUACACCUUCACUGCAGGAAAUGCACUGAAAGCCAUCGUUGCCCUGGAUACAGCAGGUUUGAUUAUGGGAUGGCGCUUUUUUGACCACGCCGCUCAUUUAGGAGGCGCUCUGUUUGGCAUCUGGUACAUCUUCUACGGUCAUGAGCUGAUCUGGAAGAACAGGGAGCCGCUGGUGAAAAUGUGGCACAACUUCAGGACGCGAGGACCCGGCACCGGCGGCAACGGAUCCCUCUAGAGCAUCAUGGGGAAAAAAAUAUUACACCGGAUCAGCAUAAUAUACACCGGUUUAUUAGGAAUGAGUGUGUACAGUGUGUGUGUGUGCGUGUGUGCGUGCGUGCGUGCGUGUGUGUGUGCGUGUGUGCGUGCGUGUGUGCGUGUGUGCGUGUGUGUGUGCGCGUGUGUGUGCGCGUGUGUGCGUGUGUGUGUGUGUGUGAAUGAGAAGGAGCUGUGAUCAAACUUAUUGCUGUUGUUCUUUUGGACUAUAAAUAAAAUUUAUUACAGUGUGUCGUUUA